AAAAGGAUUGCCAAAAGUUGAGACCUUUUUUAGUUGUUUUGGCGGUUUAGGGCAGCCAGCAGAGGCAAAGGGGUACAUCGGCGAGAUACACGAUGGCGGAAGACGACUACAAUGACAUGGAUAGGGGAUAUGAAGAUGAACCACCAGAGCCUGAGAUUGAAGAAGUUGCAGAGGAGGAUGUGGAGAACAAUAAUAACGAUGACAUAGCUGGAGAGCCUCUUGAAACUGAGGAUAGGGAAAAACAAGAACAUGUAGAGCGGCCGAGGAAGACAUCCAAAUAUAUGACAAAAUAUGAGCCUGCCCGAAUUUUAUGCACCCUGCUCUAUAAAUCAGGUCCGUUCAGCCUGAGUGCACCUGUCAUGGUUGAAUUGGAGAGUAAGAAGGAGGCCGACCCUCUUGAGAUUGCUUUGAAGGAGCUGCAAGAGCGGAAGACACCUUUUACUAUCCGUUGCUACUUGCCUGAUGGAAGCCAUGAGGAUUGGGGAGUUGACCAACUCAUUGUGGAAGACUCUUGCAAGAAGCAAGCAAAUGCUGCCACUGUCGUGAGGGUUCCUUUCUGUGGACUGUGUUGGUUGUUUUGUGAAAUCAGCAGGCAAUAUUGCCUCUGA